AAUUUAGAAUAAAAAGUGGGUAGGUAUAUCAGACACAUACACCUGUUUAAUAACAUUGUUAUUAUUAAAAUGGCACUCCUACCACUAAAGGGAUUAAAAAAAGGGACCAAUGUAAACUUAACGCUUGUUCUAAUAUUAUAGAGAAAUUUGUUAGUCUUCUCAACACCCUCUAGUACAUUUCUUAUUGUUACCACAUAUAAACUCCAUUGCAAGUCAGUUCCACAUAGCUCAAAGUUCUAAGUUUAUAAGUCGACUGUAUCCAGGUUCGAUUUGUUACUCGCAACUACAAAACGCGGUAAAGGACGUCCGCAGCUUCCGAGGAACGACCAGCUGACCAACGAUUUGAAGUCGUUUGGUACUACCAACUGGCGACAGCAAACCAUUAAUCUAGCUGGCUGGCGGAGGCGUUCGACGCAACCAAAGGCAACUCACGUCUGUAAUGGCCAACUAAGUAGUUAUUUCAAUUUGUACCAUAACAAUUCUACAAAUGGCUACCGCCGGCACAACCGCACCAUCCUUGAGCGCUGCUCGUAAUGCCUUUGCAAUGGACACUUUUAAAGAAAUUGCGGUCAAUAGCAAUGCAAAGAAUGUAAUCUAUUCACCUGCCUCAAUACAAGCAUGUAUGACCUUACCAUUCUUUGGUGCCGAGGGUCAAACUGCAACAGAAUUAAGAGAUACAUUACAUUUAGGAGCUGGAGACAAACAGUCGAUUGCACAAAACUAUGGUGACUUUAUAAAACGCGUCUUUAAAAGUUCAUCUGAUGGUCCCCAACUAACUAUGGCGAAUCGUAUAUAUGUUCAACAAGGAUUGGAAGUGAAGCCACAAUUUAAUGAAAUCGCAGCAAAGAAUUUCCAAUCUGGUGUGGAACAAGUGAAUUUUGCUAAUUCUGGACCGACAGUCAAACAAAUCAACUCGUGGGUAGAACAACAAACGAAUAAUAAAAUUCAAAAUUUACUUUCGUCGGAUGCAGUAAAUGCACAAACAAGUUCCAUAUUGGUAAAUGCAAUAUAUUUCAAAGCUAAUUGGACCAAACAAUUUAGUGAAUCGUCUACGCAUAAAGCAGACUUCUCAUUAAAUUCUAGACAAAAGGUUCAAGUUGAUAUGAUGUUCAAUGAUGAUAACUAUAAAUAUGCGGAACUAUCCAAUUUAGAUGCGAAAGCUAUAGAGUUACCAUACAAAAAUUCAGAAAUCUCAAUGUUAAUUUUACUGCCAAAUAAAGUUGAUGGUCUUCAAGAACUAGAGAAGAAAGUAUCCGCUAUUGAUUUAAAUCAAAUUACAAGUGAAAUGACUUCAAAGAGUGUUGAACUGUUUCUACCCAAAUUUAAAAUCGAAUUUGACAUUGAUCUCAAGCAGUCAUUACAAAAUCUUGGCAUUAAAACUGCAUUUUCUGAUAAUGCUGACCUUAGUGGCAUAUUUACUACGAGUGUUCCACAAAAAAUUUCAGAUGUCAAACAUAAAGCAUUUAUUGAUGUUAAUGAAGCAGGUUCAGAAGCUGCAGCAGCUACAUAUAUUAAAAUUGUGCCUAUGAGUUUAAAUUUGAAUCAGAAAACUUUCGUUGCUGAUCGUCCAUUCGCUUUUUGGAUACGUAGCAACGACGCUGUUUAUUUUGCGGGUCAUGUUGUUUCACCCUAGAAAGUGAAUCUUUAAAAUUUAUUAUAAACUGAUUGUAU